AUGUCGUCUCUUUCUGAAGAUGCGAAGCCCUUCUUACCGAGCGAAAGUGGCGAUUCCAGUUUCGACUUAGCCCCGGCUGAGAGAUCGAAACUGCGGCAAGACCGAUCGACUGAGUCCCGCUGGCGAAAGAGACUCUGGGUCAGCCAUGUUAUCUUCUUGGGAUUCAACGUUGCGUUCCUCAUCUACAAUAUCAGUGAUGUUGGGAAACACAUCGGGCCAGAGGCCGCAGUGCUCGAAAGAGCCUACUCACCGGCACAGAUGGCUAUUCGUUAUACAGUCAAGGAGGAAGCCCCUAUGUUGCCCGACAACGUGCUCACCGGUCCGCCCGGCCCUGAGGCUGAUAAGGCGUGGGAAGAACUUGAGAAACCAUUCAUGCUCAGGUUCUCCGAAGAUGAGAUGAACAGAAUGCAAAAGACCUCGCUCGCCCUCAAAGACGGAAGCGGGUAUAUCGGUUAUUUGGAGUCUUUCCACAUGUUGCAUUGUGUUAAGAGUGCUUGGAAGUCCCAAUACAUGGAUCACUAUGGCAGUGGACAUUCGACCAAGCCCGGUCAUCUAGCUCAUUGUCUCAACGUACUCAUCCAAGGUAUCAUGUGCAACGCAGACACAUCGAUCGGAACAUAUCAUUGGAAAGAAGGGGGGACUAUCAAGGGUAAGGAGAUGAUGGACAUUGAGGCUAACAGGACCGGACAUCGCCAAUGCACCGACUUUAGCAAGCUUCAAGCUUGGGCUACCAAGCGAACUCUUGACUUUGAUGUCCACGAUACUGACAAGUUUCUGCGUACCUUGAAGCCGGAACACUAG